AUGGUAUUACCAGGUGAAGAGGUAAGACCACCACCCAAGCGCUCUAGAACAAACAGCAACACUUCGAAUAGCUCGGUGGGAGAUCGACUGGCAAACCUCCUGGGUCGCGAGAACGCCGCUGCCGAGGGACGCAUGAAUGUACUGCAGGCGCGGCCACCGGUUGUGGCUCCCGUGGCUCCCAUUCCUCAAGCAGACCGCGCGAUUCGCGAGCCACAAGACCAAGCACUUUACAAUGCUUUCAUCCCGGAACAUGGACUUGAUGAUCUACAAGAAGAUGAUGACAAGGUGGAAAGGCCGGCCGCGGGUAUCAAUCGAGCAGAUUACUAUCGUUCCGAAACUUACCAGGAACGUGUUCUGAAGGAGGAAGCUAAUUGGGAGAAAAUAAUGCCAGCUUUGUUUCUUGCUUAUGUACCAUGUAGUCGUUCUACGUUUCAAUGGGUGGACCCAGUCUUAUGGAAUCAUGAUUUCAACGACGAGUGCCGCUGUCCAUCUUGGAAAAGGUCUACAGUCAACAUCGAUACCAUUGACUGGUCUGGCCGCACAAAGACAAGCCUCAUGACGUGCCGAUGUACAUCAGAUGCUGUUCGAUUGCUACGUAGAGGUUACAUUGGUGGGACUCCUGCUCAGCCAAGAACGGCCUAUUCGAUUCGACUCCUACGCUUCCAUCACAUCUUAUGGAAGUACUGUAGCAUUCGUAUUGCACCAUUUGUCGAAGCUCUAGAUGAGUAUCUUGAUCCCCGAAGCUCUCUACUCUUAGUGUCUGGAAGUGAUCAGACUCGCGACUGGCGUAAAGGAUUCUCAGCUGCAGUGGACGCGUAUCGAGAAUUAUUGCAAAGACAAGAAGAUAUGACCAACGAAGCACUACAAUUGUCACCUGAAGACAUCCUGGCUUCAACCUGCCCGGCUUGUUUUGGCCCAGAGGUACCUGGCAAGCGAGCUGAAGAGCCAAGGGUGGUGGUCUGCCUCGAUGGAAACUUCCAGCAGCGGCGCCACCUUUCGGCUAGUGCCGCGUGGAGAGGUGAAUCCGGGGUGAUGCCAGCCUUGUUCAUGUCCCCACUCGAUGUCAAAUCCUGGGAGACUCGAAUGGUUCCGGAGCGCAACAAGCGGUCUGAUGUGAUAGUGAGUACUGUACAUAAAACAUUUGAAAUCUUCAAGACAGUUCCUGACUAG